AUUAAGGGUCAGCCCUGAGAGCGAUGCCAAGCAUUGCACUUGGAUAGGGUUGGAUCUAUGCUGAGGGCCAGUGUCUAAGGAAGGUGGUUGUUUGUUUGGAUGUUCUUUCUCUCUGGCUAGUAAGCUUUCUUUCUUCUGACCUAUCCGCUAUCAAUGGAUCAAUGGAUGGAAACCUACUAUGAGAACUGUUACAGCAACAUGCUACUGAACAUGACAAAGAGCACAUUCAAAAAUGAAGCAAAAUUCCGACAUCUACAAAGGCCUAGCGGAGAUCAUCGCUUGGGACCUCAUGAACAGAUCUAUAAAAGCAAGACAGGCUGCUUUCUCGCAGAGAAAGCGCACUCCCAUCCUGAAGUUGGAACUUACCAUAAACACAUCAUAAGCAUCCAGACUACAACAUGGCAACACCACUUAAGGUCCUGUCCCCCGACGACAACGUGGUGAAGUGGUUUGAAGAGGAGAGCAUUCCGUAUGCCUACUUUCACACCCCCGUCGCCGAACUGUAUUGGCUGGUGAGCACUAACCGCCAUACGAACAUGCCCGUCAAGUUUCUCAUUUCCGAAGACCUCAUCGACCAAGCCUGCGAAAUACUCACUCGCCAUGGGCUGGUCGCAUGCCCCUACGGAGAUGACUGCCAGCUGACCCGCUCACUGGCCCAGAUCCCCAGCUCGGCGGAUCAUUACCAUGCGGCUCUGCCAGCCGAUGCGGACGCUCAAGGCCAGCAACCGAACCCCGAUGCGAUGGAGGUGGACCAGACACAACUGACCCAGCCACAGGACCCGGAUGCAAUGGAUCUUGAUGAGGAUAUCCCCUCCUUCCCCCCGCCGGGCAGUGCGGGCGCUCCUAACGAUGCCUACGGCCUGACGAUCCUCCUCUACCCGCAGGAGGACCUCUUCUGGUUCUUCUCCACCCCGCCUCGCCGGACAGAGCUCGAAAACAGCUAUUCCUACAUUGAAUCGCGCGAGCCCAUCAUCUGCCGGCUCUGGAACUGCCCCGUGGUCACCUACACGCAGCGGACGUGGGCGGAGACGGUGCUGAUCAACCUGAGCCGCGACCUGGCGACGCGCGCCGGCGUGCCGCAGGCCUACUGGCACGCCGAGCUGAAGCACAUCGCCAUGUUCUGGUACAACGACCACCCGUCCGCGUACCAGAACAGGGACUCCCAGGUCGACCUGCACCCUCGCAACAUGAUCAAGCCAUACAGCACCAUCCUGAGCCUGUUCCGCGAGGCCCUGUGGUUCUACGACCAGGACGGAUUUUCGGACGCGGUCAAGGCGGAGUUUCGGGAGAUGUUCGACGAGCUCGAUCUGAUGGGACUGUUCCCGCCUGGCCCUGGGCUGCGUGUCGAUCCCUGCACCGACCACACCUUUACAGGGCACGGCCCGAUUCCUGCGUAUUUGGCGCCGUCGGUGGCGGGCAUUCGUCGGGACUUCCAGUCGCGACGGGAUGGUUCGGGUUGAGCCACCGUCGCCUUCCUCCUGGGGUCGUUCAUAUAUCCGUUCAUUCAUCCAUU